CCUUUUUUCCCCCCGUUCCGCCUUAAAUCGCAGCGGUGGUGUGUCUGUUUGUUAAGGAUGUGACGCCACGUGCAGAGAAAUGAAAGAGCUCCGCCUCAAAACGUAGACUCGCAAAGAGAGAAGGGGCACGGGUGCAGAGAAGUCAGCUGGCAAAAGGGCAUAGUACUACCGGCAUAAAGCGCCUCGUUUGUUCGUCCGCCUGCCUACCUACCAACCAACCAACCAGUGCCAGGCCUCUUCGCGGGUCCGCUUACAGACAGAGCUUUCUUGUCGUCCUCCUCUUCAGACUUGCUAUUUCGGGCAUGGCUUCGAACCGCACCUUUAGAAGCCCCUUCUACAGACCCCAGUGUUUGGCUGCGGCGGCUCCAGCGGGCAAAGCCAAACUAACUCACCCCGGUAAAGCUAUUCUAGCAGGUGGUAUUGCAGGAGGAAUUGAGAUCUGCAUUACUUUUCCAACAGAAUAUGUGAAAACUCAACUUCAGCUGGAUGAGAAGGCCAACCCUCCACGAUAUAAAGGCAUUGCUGACUGUGUGAAACAGACUGUCAGCUCUCAUGGAAUCAAGGGUUUGUACCGGGGUCUCAGCUCACUGCUGUAUGGAUCCAUACCCAAAGCUGCAGUUAGGUUUGGAAUGUUUGAAUUUCUUAGUAAUCACAUGAGAGAUGAAAAGGGAAAGCUAGACAGUACUCGUGGCCUUAUCUGUGGUCUUGGAGCUGGAGUAGCAGAGGCUGUUGUAGUAGUGUGUCCCAUGGAGACAAUAAAGGUUAAGUUUAUUCAUGACCAGUGCUCGGCUCAACCAAAGUACCGGGGAUUUUUCCAUGGUGUGCGGGAAAUAAUCCGACAGCAAGGCCUAAAAGGAACUUAUCAAGGUCUGACAGCCACAGUACUGAAGCAGGGAUCUAAUCAAGCAAUCCGAUUUUAUGUGAUGACAUCACUCAGGAAUUGGUAUAAAGGUGAUGACCACAGCAAAGAGUUAAACCCUUUUGUCACUGGCAUGUUUGGGGCUAUAGCUGGCGCAGCAAGCGUAUUUGGAAAUACUCCUCUUGAUGUUAUAAAGACAAGAAUGCAGGGACUAGAAGCUCACAAAUACAAAAACACAUUUGACUGUGCCUAUAAAAUCAUGAAAUAUGAAGGUCCCUUAGCGUUUUACAAAGGAACCAUUCCACGCUUGGGGCGUGUCUGCCUGGAUGUUGCCAUUGUGUUUAUCAUUUAUGAAGAGGUGGUAAAAGUUCUGAACAAAGUGUGGAAGACUGAGUGAACCUGGGCACAUGUAGACUAUCUGCUGGAAUUAAAGUGCUUUAUCAGGUCUAUUGCCUAGCAGGAAGAAAUGAAGCGACUGAUGAAACCGGAUGUGCCUCAGGCGAAAAUCACACUUGUCACUACGUGCAUUUUACUAGUGACCAUAUUUAUAUUGAAAUUUUACCUCCCGUUUAGCUGGAUGCAUCACAUUGACUAAUAACUGGAUUACUGCUGUCUGUUUGACAACAUGGAAAUGUGUGUAGUGGCUGGUUUUGAGUAGUUUUGAGGGCACAGUGCUAUAUAUUAUCCCUUAAACAUUAUGUAUGAAACUAAUUUAUAUAUGAGAGGUUUUGUAGCUUAUCCAGGCAGCUCACCCUGAAUCUGAAGUUCACUUAGUAGCUGUACAAUUGAUGAGUAGGCAUAAAAUAAGGCAUAAAAUGAAAUACUAAAACUGAAAUUCUUCCAGAACUACAGGGCCAAUCUAUUAUAAAACCAGUACAAUGGAGCCUUUAAAUUUGUUUUUUUUUUUUUUCUUCCCAAAAAAGCAGCCAAAACAGAAAUCUACUUAAGUGAGAAAGGCUUAAGUUAUUAUUUAGCCUAGAGGGCUGCAUAAAAUGUAAGAGAAAGAAGGAAUAUUAGAAAACCAAAUAUUACCCAGUGCCAGUUUUGUAAGUCCAGGAUUUUGGAACUUUGAACUUUUUAAUUGUGUGUAUGUGUUUUAAUACACUAGUUUUAAUUAAGUGCCACAAGAGCUUGAAAUGCAAUUGUUUUAGCUGGAAUGUAUCUGGUUGUUUCAAAUUUUUACAUUUCUCAUGGUGUUAGCCUUUGGCAUAUCCUAAGAAUGUCAUUUAAUUGCAAGAGUAUUUCCUCACAAAGCUUUAAUUCUCUUAUUACAUUUACAUUUAUAUGAUUGAUGUUAUUUACAUCCAUUAAUUGUGUGGCCUUUGUCUUUAAGAACAGCAUUCAGGACCAGCCAAACUGGUUCUAGUGGGUCUUAAAUAAUUUUAAAUCACCAAGUGCUUUGCACAGUUGUCCUCUGGUUCAUGAGCUAGCCACUUAGCAAUUAUGGGCCUUGGGGAAACCUCCCUGUAACAGUGCCAAAUGCAUAUGUGCCAAAACGGACUCCAUUUUUAUUGGGAAUGUACUGUGUUGUUUUUCUUUGCAUUUUAUUUGAAAAGUUUUUUUCUUAACUUCACUUGUCGCUUUCCAACAAAAAGCUCUUGUGGAAAAAGUCCCAUAGAGGAUUUGUUAUGUUUUAAAAUCAUUCCAUAGAAUAAAGCAAGAAAUCAAAAUUCAUCAAUGAUACUAAGGGGAUUUCUUUUCAAGAUCAUUUUGUUAAAAAUGUACUAUUAUACUGUUUCAAAUGUGAAAAGAUUUUGUUUUUCAUAGUCUCUUUAUUAUGGAAAAUUAUGGUAUAAUACAGUGGUUCCCAAGUUCAGUCUGGGUGCACUGUGGCUGCAGGUUUUUAUUUCAACAAAUUUUAAAAUCAGUGUGUUACUCAUACUUUUAUUUAAUCUCAUUGUUUAGUGAGUAGCCAUAUCUGUAUUCUUAUUCAGAAAUAUUUACAUUUUUGCCAAAGCAUUAAAUGCCAUUUUCUUUUUUUUUUAUUUUACACUUUUGUAUAAAUUUUUUUCCCUUAAUUGUAUCCAAAUGCUAUUACCACUGAAUGCUAUUGGAAGAUCACUUUUCUGCCUAAAUGUACAGAGAAAUGGUAUUGUUUGUACCCUUGUCUGCACUGCUUAUAGCCUCUGGAUAUAGCUAACUGAGAAAUGCCACAGAGAGAAAGGUACAUUUUAAAAAAAGAAAAUGGCAAAAGAAGCACAAGCAUUUAAAGCUUUUCCAAAAAGUACAAAUGCUUGUGAAUUUAUUUUGAAGUAUUUGAAUGACAGAAAACUAAAUAAUGAAAUCAAUUAAAAGUAAAAAUUAUACACUUGAUUGGGAAAUUGGUUGGAAUAAAAAUAAUUGUACUUGGCAGGUUUUUAUUAAACUGUUUACUAUGCAAAACAUUAACACUGGUUUGGGUGGUUAAAAAUGUAAUUAAUUCUUAAUUGGGAAUUUUAUAAACCUUUGUUUCCUUUUUGUAUGUAGCUGAUUUUCUAUUAAGACCUGUUAAAAUGCUUAAUACUCCAAUUUAGAUGUCCAAUUUAUUUUUUUCCCCUGUUAAUUUUGUUUUUGGUGCAGUCAUUUGUUAUAAGUUUCCAAGUGAACUUACGAAAGCACCCUAGCCAUCAAUGCACAACUCUCCCUUUUAAGUAUAGUAGAUAUUACUGUACAUUAAACAAUUGUUAAUACACUAACAUAUUUAAGAGGAAUUUUUAACAGACUGGCAUUAGUGGUAAUAUAAAUUUAAGGUAAAAUUAGGAGAAACCAUUCCAUGUUUUUUUUUUUUCCUCACCCAGUUUCAACUUUAGAAAGAGAAUUUUAGUACAUUAAUUUUGUAGUCUGUGUAAUGGAUUAGUCUUUGAUCCACAAACUUCACUGUCCCACAGUAUGUUUAUAAAUUGCAGUCCCAUCAAGCUAUAAACUGAAGGAUACAUUUCACUCCAUGCAUUUUACAAGUAAGGGAUUAUUAGGGAGCUGGAGCCUUAGUAUAAAUAAUUCUUCUGUAACCAUUAUGAUCAAGCUAAGAUUUGAAUUCUUAAGCAAAUAUAAAAAUGUUAAAGAUGCCAUUAUUCUAUUACAAAAAACAAAACGGAUGUGCAUAAUUUCUCUUUAUGGCCUUUAGGGAAAGUUAUCUUGGGCAGUUUGCACAUUUUGUGCACUGUUUACUCUGCCAUGAUGAAAACUCUUCAUGCUUACAGUAGCUUUUUUAGUUUUAUUUAUUACUGUAUUUCAAAAUUAAAAGAUUUUGCUAUUUGCAGUAUUUUGACGAUAAAGUGGUUUUAUUUCAUUCUUAGUUAUUUGCAGUUUUGGAAACCUAUUUUUUUAAACUUUUUUUCCUUCACGUUUGUCAAAAUGGCAUGAACAUUGUACAAGUGGACUUAGGAGUUUUGUGCAUGCCUUCAGUCUCGAUGAAUGUGACUCAAAAUGUGAACCCUAAUCCAAAAUCAUGUUUCAACUUUUACAUUAAUGUCUAAUGUUGUAAGAUUGAAUUAUGCAAACAGGAUAUACUGUAUACAUUCUCCUGCGUUCAUUGUAUAUGCAAAUAUAACUUUUAGAAUUUUCUACAACACUGUUGUAUUCCCUUUUGAAGAAGCCAUUGAAUCAAGAACAAGUUAUUUUUUGCUUUUCCUUAUGAUGUGCUGUUUUAACUUUUAAUUUUUUUUUGCUAGAUGUAAAUCCCACCUUGAUUUCAAGGGUCACCCUGGUGCCUCAGAACUGUCUGUUUACUUGCUUAUUUAAUGAAUGUGUUGUAUGUGUUUAUUAUAAUUUUUUUAAUGUGAUAUCAAAACUAUUGUGCAAGACUCCUGCACUUCUGGCCAAAUUCUGUGGUAAACAUGCAAGUGCCGAUAACAGAAGGGAAAUGAAAGUAUUUCUCUACUUUCUUUUCUCAAGCUGUUUCCUUCUGCUAAUUUUUAUUAAUACGUUUAUUUUGGCAGAAUAUAGAGUCAAGCAGUGUUAUCCAAAUUGAAACUUCUAGUGGACUGGAUAUAAUAUAGCAACAUUUAAAUUAUCAUUUAGAGUGUAAAAUCUGCUUUAAAUAGGUUUGUUGAGUCAGCCUUGAAUGUUUUGUUCAAGUAGACAAGCAGAGUUCAUGUGAUUACAAAAACUCACAAUGUUUUAGAAUUAUGACUGCUAAAUUGAUGUUGCACAGGCCAAGUUGGGAUGUGUUCAUCAUAGACCAAUAAGCAGCACUGCGUCAACCAUGUCCAGAGUUAGAUAAAAUGCUGCAUUUAGCACAAAGUAGGGUUUUGUAUAUCCUGGAUUUAAUUGAAAUGUACUUGCUACCCUCUUGUCUGACACAGAACAUAGAAAAUUGAUAAAUGCAAAAAAAAAAAAAGUUUUGAAUCUCAUCUUCUACUCUUCAUGUGUUGACAAGUGUGAUAUCUGAUGUGUCAUGCAGCAAUUGGCAAGGCCUAGGAGAGCCAUCACUUUCCUACAUAUGAUAGUGUAAUGUUGUAUUGAUUUUGUUUGUAGCUGUGUUCAUUGUGUCUGGUCUGGAGUUUAUGUCUUAAUACAGUAUGUCUCUACACUGAGUGCCUCAAAAAAUUUAAAAUGGUUUUACUUUCAAUGAAUGAAUAAACAAAACUAGAAAAUA